AUGGCUUCGUUCGCUCGUCCUCCACCGCCAGCUACCGCGCCAGCUCCACCGCCACGCACAGCCAACCUCCCGCCCUGGCUGAUCCGCACAGCCGAGUCCCCCGCUCUCGCAUGGUCCACCUCCGCCAUCCUACUGGGCGCACUACCGCUAUGCGUGAAGAGUCCGGCGGCGUUUCCGAGGCUGAUACAGUUGCCUGUGUUUGCGGCGAUAUUCGGCGGGAGCGGGUAUAUGAUCAAGGUGGGAGAUCCGCUGAAUGGGUCGGGGACGACGACAGCCUGGUCCCUCAUCUACCUCCUCCUCAACACCCGCAAAGCCAUCGUCGCCCGCUCACCCACCGCACUCGCCGUCACGGGGGUCGUUGCGGCUCAGGCGGGGCUGUACGGAUCGUAUUACUUCGGUCAGGACUGA